AUGGAAGGAAAAAAGUCACCCCUGCAGCCCCCAACUUAUGGAAACCUAAUCACAGUUCUCAGCAUUGAUGGAGGUGGAAUAAGAGGGAUUAUCCCGGGAACAAUCCUCAGAUUUCUGGAGUCCGAACUUCAGAAGUUGGAUGGUGAGGAUGCAAGAAUUGCAGACUACUUUGAUGUGAUUGCAGGGACAAGCACAGGUGGGCUUGUUACUGCCAUGCUUACUGCGCCGAAUGAAAGGAACCGUCCUUUAUUUGCAGCCAAGGAUAUCAACGACUUCUACCUCGAAAGCUGCCCUAAAAUCUUCCCUCAAGUCCGCUCUCCAUUUCCUAAUACAACAAAGAUUAUUAAAGCCCUAUCAGGACCAAAAUACGAUGGGAAGUACCUCCACAAUAUCGUUAAGGAAAAACUAGGAAACACUAAACUACACCAAACAUUGACUAAUAUUGCAAUACCGACAUUCGAUAUCAAGACACUCCAGCCAACAAUCUUUUCCACCUAUGAGGUGCACAACAAACCAAGCUUGGAUGCCUCACUCUCAGAUAUAUGCAUUGCAACCUCAGCAGCGCCAACUUACCUUCCAGCACAUUACUUUGAAACCAAAGCUGCUGAUGGAAGAGUGAGAGAAUUUAACUUAAUUGAUGGUGGUGUUGCUGCCAAUAAUCCGACUCUGGUAGCAAUUGGAGAAGUAACAAAGCAGAUCAUGCGGGGAAAUCCGGACUUUCUUGCUAUUGAGAAAAUGGACUACGGUCGUUUAUUGGUUAUUUCCCUAGGAACUGGCUCAGCCAAAGCUGAGGAAAAAUAUGAUGCAGAUGAAGCAGCAAAGUGGGGUAUAUUGGGGUGGUUAACCAGUGGUGGUUCCACCCCAUUAGUGGAUGUGUUUACCCAAGCAAGUGCUGAUAUGGUGGAUUUCCAUCUUUCUGUGGUUUUUCAGGCCUUGCACUCCGAGAAGAAUUACCUUCGUAUUCAAGACAACUCACUAAAUGGGAUAAUAUCUUCAGUUGAUAUAGCCACCAAGACUAAUUUAGAAGACCUUGUGAAGGUUGGUGAUGGGUUGCUUAAGAAACCAGUUUCAAGGGUAAAUUUGGAGACUGGUACUGUUAUGCCUUCUGAUCAAGAGACUAAUGCAGAGGCUCUAAAAAGGUUUGCUCAAUUACUCUCUGAAGAGAAACAUCUUCGCAAUGCUAGAUCACCACGUGGCCACGCCCCCAAGCUAUAAAGGACUAUAAUCCAAGUUUGGGUUUCUUAAUGUAACAAGUGUUUUUUUGGUUUGCAGUUGUGGUAGUUAAGGUUUUUUUUUUUUUUGUUUUUUUGGGUUCGAGUCAUUCCUUCGUAUUCAUUUUUUUUGAAUAAUGUCCUGAUGGUAUACAUAUUGUCAUUUGUCAAUGUAAUUUUUCUAGAUUGUUUGAAUUAAUGUAUUCAAACAUUUACCAAACAAUAAAAAAGUGGAGGAUUUUGAGAUGUACGUGUGACCUUUAUCCGACUCUUUGAAUUAGUAAUAGUC